AUGGACAUCACCCAGGCGCACGGCCUCCCGAACGCGAUGAACGUGAGCCCGAUCUUCUGUUGCAUCAAUACCGCCGGCCGCAUCUUACACGAUCCUGCUCACGCGACGAACGUGGGCGUGUCCGAACCGAAAGAGAUCACGAGCAAGAAGAACGGGAUGGAAGGCGACGACCUGCUCUGCGAUCGAAGAGAUAUCGCAGACGGGACACGGACGAGAAGAGGUGAGCCUUCGAACUGCUGGUGCACCGCAUUUUGGCCUGCACCCCGGGGAAGCGUCGACGACGCGCUCGUCAUCGCAGGUAGUGCGCGGGAUUUGAGUUCGCGAGCCAUCUACGAGGGAGGCUUGAGCAGUAUGCGGUGGAUCGAGUAUGCACGCCAGUUGAGACUCUACAUUCGCAGGAGGAUGUAAAGGAUGUAAAGGAGACGCUCAUUGCUCACCAUCGCACGGACGCGUCUUCCACGGACACGAUUCCUUGUGCAUUGACGCGUGCGGAAACCUCUGCUUCUCGACGAGCGCCUCCGCCGCGUCCCGAGAAAGACCCUUGCGCCCCACGACAACCCGGGACGCCCCGCGGGAGUCGCACACCAGCCAGUUCUUCGUUACGCCGUCGCUUGUUCAGCCGCGCUUUGCGGCGGCGCGUCAGUUCCAGGAGGCUUCUUGCCGUAGAUCGAGCACUUGAGGUAUGCGGAGGAGGGCGAGAACUGUAUCCUCGGCAGGGAUGUUUUGUUGGGCUGUUACUGGCGAUGGACGCGGCUUUUCUUGAGACGCGACGCGGUGCGGGAGAGGAUGGCGGAGAGGUGAGGAGCUUUUACGAGCGCCUCUCAUUUGAGUGAGGGACUGCUAGUACUGUACAGGGCUUCUGGAAGACAGU